GAGUGUUCACCAAUAAUGGCAACACCAGGCCGUCUCGCCUCCGUCUACAGCGAACUCCAGGCAAGCCGUCUCGACGUCGCCCUCCCUCUCCCUUCCGUCCUCAAGUCAUCCAUCGACGUCCUCGACGGCCCCCCCAGCUCCGCCUCCGGCAAUCCAGAUGAGAUUGCAAAACUGUUCCCAAAUGUAUUCGGACAGCCAUCAGCAAGCAUUGUGCCAAGCAGUUCAGCAAAGUCUGGAUGGGAUUCGAGUUUGAAGAUCGGUGUUGUGCUCUCCGGAGGACAGGCUCCUGGCGGGCACAAUGUCAUUUCCGGAAUUUUCGAUUAUUUACAGGCUAGGGCAAAAGGUAGCACAAUGUAUGGGUUUAAGGGCGGUCCAGCAGGGAUCAUGAAUUGCAAAUAUGUUGAGUUGUCAACAGACUUUAUUUAUCCUUACAGAAAUCAGGGUGGCUUUGAUAUGAUAUGUAGUGGUAGGGACAAGAUUGAAACCCCUGAACAGUUUAAGCAAGCUCAAGAGACGGCAAAGAAGCUUGAUUUAGAUGGGAUUGUUGUCAUUGGUGGAGAUGACUCAAACACAAAUGCUUGCCUUCUUGCUGAGAACUUUAGGGGUAAUAAUUUGAAAACUCGUGUUAUUGGAUGUCCAAAAACCAUCGAUGGCGACUUGAAAUGCAAGGAGGUUCCCACAAGUUUUGGGUUUGAUACAGCAUGUAAGAUAUUUGCAGAAAUGAUUGGAAAUGUCAUGAUAGAUGCUCGUUCAACAGGAAAAUAUUAUCACUUUGUAAGACUUAUGGGCCGUGCAGCUUCUCACAUAACAUUAGAGUGUGCUUUGCAGACUCAUCCAAACAUCACAAUCAUUGGUGAAGAGGUUGCUGCCCAGAAGCAGACACUGAAGAAUGUUACAGAUUACAUCACUGAUAUAAUCUGCAAACGUGCAGAACUUGGAUAUAAUUAUGGUGUCAUACUUAUACCAGAGGGUCUUAUUGAUUUUAUUCCUGAGGUGCAACAACUUAUUGCAGAGCUUAAUGAAAUCCUCGCCCAUGAUACUGUGGAUGAGGCUGGUACUUGGAAGAAAAAGCUUAGAAGCCAAUCUCAGCAGCUUUUUGAUUUUUUACCCGAAGCAAUUCAGGAACAACUACUCCUCGAAAGAGAUCCACAUGGGAAUGUACAGGUUGCCAGGAUAGAAACAGAAAAAAUGCUUAUUCAAAUGGUGGAAACUGAAUUGGAGAGCAGAAAGAUAGCUGGUGCAUAUAAGCAUCACUUCCAAGGGCAGUCCCACUUUUUUGGUUAUGAGGGUAGAUGUGGUUUGCCUUCAAAUUUUGACUCCAAUUACUGCUAUUCAUUGGGUUAUGCUGCCGGGGCUCUCCUCCAUUCUGGAAAGACCGGACUGAUUUCCUCAGUGGGAAAUUUGAAUGCUCCAGUUGAAGAAUGGACAGUGGGUGGCACAGCAUUAACUUCCUUGAUGGAUGUGGAGAGAAGACACGGAAAAUUUAAACCAGUGAUUAAGAAAGCAAUGGUGGAACUUGAAGGUGCACCUUUCAAGAAAUUUGCAUCAGUGCGAGAUGAGUGGGCUAUCAAGAAUCGAUAUGUCAGUCCAGGCCCACUUCAGUUUUCUGGCCCAACAGCCAAUGAUAUCAAUCACACAUUGAUGCUGGAGCUUGAAGCGCAAGCUUAGGAACAUUGAUAUGUCCUUUUAUUUCUCAAUAAGACACUUGAGACGUACAUUUUUCAUCAUACGUGCAGCCUAAGAGAUAGAUUUUCCACUUGCUAGACUUUUUUUUUUUUUGGGGGACAAGUGGAUAAUAAAAGAUUCAUGUGAAAGAUACUUUCCACGCGAUUAAUAGUAUAGUAUCUUUUUUUUCCUAAAUAUUAACUCUUCCUCCGUUUGCAUAUUACUUUCAAGUUUUAUAUGUAAUGCCUGAAGUUUGCCAAAUUAAAACUGAAAUGCACUCAACCUGUUGAAUU